AUGGGAAAGGGAGAUGUGGCUACUAGGUCCAAAUCUCAAAAAUCGUCAGCAAUACAGAAUGAGCAGAGUACACCUACUAACCCCCCCACAGCAUAUCCUGAUUGGUCUCAGUUCCAGGCAUACUAUAAUGCUGCUGGGACAGCUCCUGUGACCCCACCGGCUUUUUUUCAUUCAUCUGUAGCUCCAAGCCCUCAGGGGCACCCAUAUAUGUGGGGUCCACAGAUGAUGCCUCCUUAUGGGACACCACCACCAUAUGCAGCAAUGUAUGCACAAGGCACACCAUAUCAGCAGGCACCGAUGCCACCGGGUUCACACCCAUACAGUCCUUAUUAUCCUAUGCAGUCACCAAAUGGGACAGUUCAAACUCCAACAUCUGGUGCUGGCGGUACAGAGACAAAUAAAUCGAAUAAAAAUAAGCGGAAGACUCCCCUGAAAAGAUCAAAAGGAAGCUUAGGUAGUCUGGAUGUUGUUGCAGUAAAAAACAACAAGUCACCGGCAAAGCCUUCAGCUUCUUCCUCCAAUGAAGGUUCUUCACAAAGUGAGAGUGGAAGCAGGAGUUCUUCUGAAGGAAGCAGUACAAAUUCAAAAAGUAGUUCAAGGGCGAAGGAUGGUUCUGAGCAAGGUCAAGGUAAUGCAACUACUCUGAGUAUGGGAGUGGAUUACUGGGGUACUCCUGCUUCUGUACCCAUGCAUGGUAAAGUUAUUGCAGCACCGACAUCAGCUCCUUCAUCAAAUUCACGUGAUAUUGUUCUCAGUGAUCCGGCUAUACAGGAUGGGAGAGAACUGAAGAGACAAAAACGGAAGCAAUCAAAUAGGGAAUCAGCUCGACGCUCAAGAUUGCGCAAGCAGGCUGAAUGGGAGGAAGUAGCCAAUCGUGCAGAUUUGCUAAAGCAGGAAAAUAGUUCACUUAAAGAAGAAUUGAAACAACUUCAGGAGAAGUGUGAUAGCUUGACCUCGGAAAAUACAUCUCUACAUGAGAAGCUUAAAGUGCUUGAGGAUGAGAAAUCAAAUGGAAAUUGGUACAAGGAUUAA